AAUAAUUGGGAAACUAUGCAGAUAUAUGCAUAUGUUUAUACAGACAUAUAUUUAGAAAAACAAACUUAUACACACAUUCGCGUACACACACAAAUUCACACAUGCGCAUACAUAUAGAUGCAUGCACAUAUGCAUACACACAUAUAUGUAUGAACACGCACGCUCGCGAAAACGUAUGUAUGCAUUUGUACAAGACUGUGUGAGAACACACGAGAAUAAGUAAAUAAUAAUUCCCACACGACCACAUUUACGCAUAUACGAGGUUAUUAAGGCUCAAAAGCACAUGUACUUAAGACUUCUUUCAUACAUACAGAUACUUCUUUAUCGAUAUAUAUUCUAUUAUACAUUUUCAAAACGCUUCGUAUUUAUGAGGAUCGUGAAAUUUAGUCCUAAAUCUCAGGCACGUAUGAUUAAAGCAAAAGACACACAGACAGAUACACACACACUUACAUAUAUGAUCAAAUAAAACUUGAAGUCCGACUGAAAGGUUGUAAUUCAUUCAGUUGACUUCGGGUGCAAAAUGUCGAGACUGUUUGAAGCUGCUCUGGUAUUGGGACUUCAGUUAAUGAUAUUCAUAAUACAAUCAGAAGCUUUCAAUCGUAAAUAUACAGGACGAUGCAAUAAAGUAGCAGAUAUUGUGUUCGUAUUAGAUUCUUCAACCAGCAUAUGGAAGAGCGAUUUUGAGAAACAAUUGAAUUUUGUUAAAUACUUCGUCAAGAAUUUGAAUAUUGGAUUAGAAGCAAAUCAGGUAAGAAUAGGUGCGUUAUCAUUCAGUGAUAAGGUAGAAAUAGAUUUUUACCUGAACGAAUCUACUGACAAAUCUAAUAUCCUGCAGAAAGUCAGUCGAAUUCGACAACUCACAGGAAGCACUUAUACAUGGAUGGCGUUAAGAGAAUUGAUAAAUAUGUUUAAACCUGGAAAUGGUGCUCGACCAAAUGUUACUCAUAUCGCCAUUAUUCUGACAGAUGGAAAUUCUCAGAAACCACGUGAUACUUUGGAAGCAGCAAACAUGAUUCAUCGUCAAACUAGUAUUAAAGUUUUUGCGUUGGCCAUUGGAGAGUAUAUAAGUGUAGAAGAGAUUCGUGGCAUUGCAAGUCAUCCGAAGGAUAUAUACUUCAAACAUACAGCGUCUUUCAGUGAACUGGAGCACAUAAAAGAAAGUUUCUUUGACAGAACCUGUUGGGAAAUAAGCUCGUCUCCCAGACUAGAUGAGUUUAUACAGCCAAGCACAGAAGCUCCAUCUACCCACUGCAAGGAGCCUGCUGACAUUGUAUUCAUUCUCGAUUCUUCUACCAGCAUCGCAAGACAAGAUUUUAAAAAGCAGCUAAAUUUCGUCAAAUAUUUUGUCGAGAAUUUAAACAUCGGCUUAUCUUCAAAAGAGGUAAGAAUAGGUGCGUUAUCAUUCAGUGAUAAGGUAGAAAUAGAUUUUUACCUGAACGAAUCUACUGACAGAUCUAAUGUUCUACGGAAAGUCAGUCGAAUUCAACAACUCACAGGAAGCACUUAUACAUGGAUGGCGUUAAGAGAAUUAAUAAAUAUGUUUAAACCUGGAAAUGGUGCUCGAUCUUCUGUUACACAAGUUGCUAUUGUUCUGACUGAUGGAAAUUCUCAGAAACCAAAUCAUACUUUGGAAGCAGCAAACAUGAUUCAUCGUCAAACUAGUAUUAAAGUUUUUGCGUUGGCCAUUGGGGAGAACAUAGCAGCAGAUGAGAUUCGUGGCAUCGCAAGUUCUCCAAAAUGGAAAUAUUUCAAACAAACUGCGUCUUACACUACUUUGGAGAGUAUUAAGGAAACUGUCUUUAACACAACAUGCGAAGUGAUUUAUCGAACAACUACGACUGCAAUCACACCUGUAAUAUGUACCAAUCCAGCUGACAUCGUAUUUGUUCUUGAUUCUUCAACCAGUAUCAGUAAAGCAGAUUUCGAAAAACAGCUUGAAUUCGUUAAAUAUUUUGUACGCAAUCUAAAUGUUGGUCAAAAUGGAAACCAGGUAAGAAUAGGAGUUUUAUCAUUCAGUGAUAAGGUAGAAAUAGAUUUUUACCUGAACGAAUCUACUGACGAAUCUAGUAUUCUACAGAAAGUCAGUCGAAUUCGACAACUCACAGGAAGCACUUAUACAUGGCUGGCGUUAAAAGAAUUGAUUAAUAUGUUUAAGCACAGAAAUGGUGCUCGGCCGUUUGUUAAACAUGUCUCCAUCAUUCUGACUGAUGGAAAUUCCCAGAAUCCACUUGCUACUUCGAAAGCAGCACGCGCGGUUCAUGAAGCUAAUAUUAAAGUCUUUGCGUUGGCCAUUGGAGAGUAUAUAAGAGUAGAAGAGAUUCGCGACAUUGCAAGUUUUCCGAAGGAUACAUUCUUCAAAAAAACAGCAUCUUUCAGUGAACUGGAACGCAUAAAAGAAAGCUUCUUAACCACAACUUGUAAAGUUGUUAAUGAAAGAUCUACAUUACCACCCAUCCGAAUAUCAACCACUGAAGGAUUGAACGCCAAACAUCCCCUUCCAAGAGUUUGUGGUACAAUGUCGCCAAUUGAAAUAGUAUUCCUUGUAAACAACGUUCAUUUUGGACAGAAAAGAACUGAAAAGAUUUUACGAGCAAUAAAUCAUGUAGAGAGAAAAAUCCACCACACUUGUGUUUCACACUUUAGAACAAUAUUUGAAGAUUGUUCAACAUUUGAAGACACGUUUGACACUUAUAAUCCAAGAAAUCGAAAUCACAAAUUUAACAAUUGUCGCAUUGGUAUUUUCUUUGUCCAGAGAGGCAUGAAUUUCCAAUCACCAAUUCUUCAAAACAUAACUAGAAACUUAUUAAAAGAUACUACUGAAAUCUUUGCCGUCAUGAUUGGAGAUAUUAAAGAAGUGUCUGGAUUACGAUAUUUUAUUAAAGACCAGAAUAUCAUCAAAGUCCCACAUAUUGAACUUCUUACGUCUUCUUUAAGUGAAAAUGUCAAAAGAGUUAUUUGUAACAACAACUAUAUCUGAUAUGCUUUGGAUUUACAUAAAUUCAGGAAAAAUUGGAUUUCUUCAAAUAAUCAUCUGAAAUUAUAAUUCAUGAAAACAUUUUUACACAUUCAUACAUUAACUAAUAUAUGUUAGGUAUGUCUCAUGCCAAGUUAUUUUGGUCUUCAUUUGAUUAUCACUCAGUAACACGAAUACACAUAUUUAUACAUUUUCGCUUUUCUAUUUUCUCUCACUCUCUUGAAUAUAUAAAAACACACACACAUAUACAAACAUAUUCACACUCCUAUACACAUAUACAUACA